AUGUGGAAUUCAAUCUCCUCCCUCGUCAAGCGGGUCCAAGUCCCAGUCACCGCAUCGACGACGCACAAAGAGCUUGUUGAAAUGCAACGGGAUCCAUGGUCUCAGUCUGCAAAAUACGGAUAUGGCUUCGUUUACUUUGCAGUAGUGCUGCUGGUCACCACUUCUCUCAUCCGAUUUUACCAUAUCUGGGGCGAUAAAAUGCGAAUCGCCUACUAUAAGGAGCACAAAGAGCACCGGCCACAUCUACAACCUGCGGCAUCAGAAAUAGUCGAAGAGUACGAACUACCUAGUGCAGGAACAGAUGCCUCGAGCGCACACUUUUUCCCCCCGAUGUCGCAACCUGCUCCACCAAAACGACGCGAAUGGAUCGUCCAGAGAAUUGUGCCGCUGAAAAAGGCGAUCGCGCUAAUGCGCUGGGUCUUCUAUCGACCGAUGCCAGUGAUCAGGAUCGGGAAACUCGAAUUUGUUUUCCCUUCUUUGGCUGUGACAGCAAUCGUGUCGGUUGCUUUGAUUUUUGUUACUCUCUACUGCUUUCUUCCGCAACCUCUUUACUACUACUCUAUUGCUCUGGGAUCACCACCCCUGGCAAUUCGAGCCGGUAUGCUGGCUGUCGCAAUGGUGCCCUGGAUUGUAGCACUGAGCACAAAGGCCAACUUCAUUAGCAUGCUUACUGGACUCGGUCCCGAACGACUGAACGGAUUGCAUCGUUGGUCUGCCUACAUCUGUCUGUUCCUGAGUUUGGUGCACAUGGUUCCAUUCUAUAUAACGCCCAUCUGGGAGGAUGGCGCGAUAAUGAACUACCGCAAUUUCAUCACGCUACCGAUGUAUGUCUACGGAAACGGGAUUGCGGCUAUAGUCCCUCUCAUUGUUCUUUGCGUCCAUUCGCUUCCCUUUCUCCGUCACAAAAUGUAUGAGCUAUUCAUCGUGAUCCAUAUCCCAGUGUCUUGGAUCUUCGUGGCUAUGCUUUUUUGGCAUACCAAGAACUUCCUCUCUUCAUGGGGUUAUCUCUGGGCCACGGUCGUCAUUUGGAUCAUUUCCUACAUUCUCCGACUUUUCUACUUGAACUGGUCGAAUCCCUUCCGCACCGACUCCUUCAUGAUUGGAGAAGAGUCAGCCGUAACCCUUCUCCCACAGGGUGCCCUGAAAGUGACCGUGCCUACAAAGAUGCGCUGGCGGCCUGGCCAAUAUGUCUUUCUUCGCAUGCCGAGAAUGGCAUUCUUCGAAAAUCACCCGUUCACAAUCGCUUCUCUCUGCAGCGAUGACUUCCCAUCCGAGUAUGGAGAGGACUAUCGUGACCUGACCCUGGUCUUUCGACCAUUCAAAGGUUUCACGCGCAAAGUGUUCAAGAAGGCCCUGGAAAAUGGACCUUACAAGAUCUAUUCAGCUCUUCUGGAAGGACCUUACGGCGGGAUGCAACGUGAAAUGUCUGCCUUCGACGACGUGAUUUUCUUUGCCGGCGGUAGUGGUAUCACGGCCAUCGCCAGUCAACUGCUAGACUUGAUCAAGAAAAUCCGCGACGGCAAGGCUGUCACCAAAUCAGUCAAAGUGAUAUGGGCACUGAAAACAGCAGAAACGAUGGAGUGGUUUCAAGAAGAGCUACGAAUCUGCCGAGAUAAUGCGCCAUCUAACAUUGUGAACUGCCAUUUUUUCCUCACCGGCCUCAGCCAAGAAGACCAAGCAGGACGAGAUUUGGUCCAAGAAAAGAUCUAUGGAAUGCUUCAAGGAAUCGACAAACGAAACUCGGCAUUCAUUCGCGAAGAGGCAGCUGGCGACGCAGAGAUCGAGAAGGAGUUACGUCGCGAGAACGAGGAUGGUCUCGCUGCUCUUCCAAACGCAUACACUGCCUCCCACAUUGCCAACAGCCGCCACUACCAACAACCACAAACAGACCCCCAUUCUGGCGGUAGCUCUCCGGGAUUCGAUUUCGGAUUUGGUCUUAGUCUCCCACCAGUACAAACUACACCUGCGCCACGGGGGAACACCACUCCACGCUAUGCCUAUUACCAACCUCCACUGCGAAGAGAGAACUGGAAGACGGAUUACUUUCGCCCCAACAUCUCCCAGAUUCUCAUGGAGUGUUCUAAGAAUUUUGGUCGACGGGCCUGCGUCUUCGUCUGCGGUCCUCCUGCAAUGCGUGUUGAGGUGGCCAGUACAGUGGCCAAGUUGCAGACGCAAGUAAUGUUUGAUUCGUCCAAGGACGAAAUUUUCCUGCAUGCCGAGAACUAUAACAUCUAA